CAAGAAAAAAUGGCUGUAGCUCAGGCUCCUGACGAAAAAUUCCAAAUUCCCACGAUUUCAAUGAGCAAGAUGGAUUUUGAUGAUGUCCCUUCAAAAGAAGACGGUAAUGAUAGUGAAUCGGACACCGACAUGGUUACAGACCGAAAAGCCAUCGUAAUCGCGUCGCUGGUCAUGUUUAUUGCUGCGAUCGAGAAUACUGUAGUCGGAAUGAGCGAGUGGCCUUAUAUGAAUCAGAUCGACAAGGAAGCCGACGCACAAUUCUUCGGAAACGCCACGGCCGCGUCAAAACUCUUCCACGCCAUUUCGGCACUUGUCUUCGCAAUCUGGUGCCAUCGAUUUCAAUCAUUCCAAAUUCCUCUGAUCGCCGGACGGUUUAUCGCCUUCGGUGCCUGCCUACUCUACCUAUGCGUCGAAAUGUUCGGUAGUGGACGGAGAUAUGUGAUGGCCUUGUGUUAUAUUCUGUUUGGAGUUGCUUCGAGCAGUUCCACAAUUCUUCGCGCCUAUGUUGCUGCGAUUUCUAGGCAUGAAGAUCGUCCGCAGGCCUAUUCCGGAUUGAACGCGGCCACGAUGAUCUCGAUUAUUGUCGGACCAAUAAUCCAAGCUGCAUUCUCAUCGAUUCACUAUCCGGGAUGGGAAAUCUUCCCAAACGUCAAAUUCCACAUUUAUUCGGCGCCGGUUUGGGUUGCCGCCGCAACCAAUUUCAUCUCCAUCACCAUCAUCAAAUGCUGUUUGAAAGAACUGCCACGCCGUGCAAAAUCCGACAUGAAGAAAAAUCAAUCAUUCCUUACGAUCGCUGGAGUCAAAUCGAGAAUCGAAAAGGUUUCUCAAAUGAAUCUGAACUGGCGAAUCGUCGUUUUGUGUUGGAUCCAGAAAAUGAACGCGACACUUUCAGUCGUCACGCUCACCACGUUAACCUCUGUAAUUUUCAUGACAAAUUACGGCUGGUCAGGUGCAAAAACUGUGCUCGCCAUGUCGAUAACACUUGGAGCAGUCGGAAUUCUAGCCGUUAUUGUCGCCGGGCUCUACUUUUUCUGCAAUCUCGGCAAUUUCCUCCAACAACGCAUCGCGUUCCUCAUAGGUUUGGUAAUCUUCAUGUCAAUGUACGUAUUCACCUAUCCAUGGACACCUGUGAGCAAUCCAGUUCCCCCUUACAACGCCCUAGCCGAUGUUGGCUGUAACUCGACGACCUAUAGCUGGUGUGACACAUCAUAUGCUCCGGCGGCUCCGCUUUUGCUCAUUGUGAUCGCUGUUGUCAUGGGAAUUGGGAUCCCGCUCUCGUCGGUGGCUCUCGAUGCGAUCUACUCGAAAACUCUGGGACCUAUUAAUCAGAGCGUAAUGCAAGGAGCCAUGAUCGUCGCAGAGGACGUUAUUCUCAUUCUGGGACCAAUUUACUCGUCCGGAGUUUACACGUAUUCCGGUUUUGAGACACUUUGGACCAUCAAUGGAAUUGUCGUGGCACUUGGAUCGAUUUAUUGGAUUGCGAAUUUCUCGAGGCUUCGGCAGUAUUCGUAAAAGUGGAAGAUUUUUUUUCGAAAAUUUGUUGCGAACGUUUUUUGAAUUUUAUCACGUUUUUUUUGUAUUUCAAUUUGAUGAGAUAUUCGGGUCUAUUUCUGUAUUUUUCUGUGCUCUUAAUUUGUUUUUAAUGCGAUGAAUAAAAUUUAAUUAUUUGUAUU